GAGAAGGCAAGAUUAGAAGAAGAAAGGCUACGACAGGAGGAAGAGGCAGCGCUCGAGAGGGCCCGCGCGGAGGAAGAGGCGGCAGAGGAACUGCGGAGACAAGAGGAGAAGGCAAGAUUAGAAGAAGAAAGGCUACGACAGGAGGAAGAGGCAGCGCUCGAGAGGGCCCGUGCGGAGGAAGAGGCAGCCGAGGAGAUGCGCAGACAAGAGGAGAGGGCGCGACUGGAGGAAGAGAGACGACGUCGAGAGGAAGAGCAGGCGCUCGAGAGGGCACGCGUGGAGGAAGAGGUGCUUGAAAAGAAGCCAUGUGACCCAGGACCUCAUGCUGCAGAGGCAGUUGAGGAGGCUUCCAACGUUCACCCGGAGGAGAAGGCCGAUGUCGCUGCUGCGUCGACCGUGCAGGAGGAAGGUGACGAGCCUGACGAGCAGCCGGCGAGAGAAGCAGAAAGAGCAGAUGAGGCGGCCAAGGGCCCGGAGGACAAAGUUCCGAGCUCAGCGGCCCUGCAGGCGGCCGCUGGGAAGCUUAUGGAGAGGGUGAAAGCUGCCAGAGAAAGAAAGAACAGGGUGCCGGAAGAGUCCACCGAGGAGAGCGCUCUCUUGGAGGAGGAGAAGGAUGAGCAGCGACAGCGACAGGAGGCGACAGAGGUGCGCAGACAAGAGGAGAGGGCGCGACUGGAGGAAGAGAGACGACGUCGAGAGGAAGAGCAGGCGCUCGAGAGGGCACGCGCGGAGGAAGAGGUGCUUGAAAAGAAGCCAUGUGACCCAGGACCUCAUGCUGCAGAGGCAGUUGAGGAGGCUUCCAACGUUCACCCGGAGGAGAAGGCCGAUGUCGCUGCUGCGUCGACCGUGCAGGAGGAGGGUGACGAGCAUGACGAGCAGCCGGCGAGAGAAGCAGAAAGAGCAGAUGAGGCGGUCAAGGGCCCGGAGGACAAAGUUCCGAGCUCAGCGGCCCUGCAGGCGGCCGCUGGGAAGCUUAUGGAGAGGGUGAAAGCUGCCAGAGAAAGACAGAACAGGGUGCCGGAAGAGUCCACCGAGGAAGCAGAGGUGCUGGAGAGGGCACGCGCAGAAGAAGAGGAGCGCGCACGCUUGGAGAAGGAGGAGCGACAGGAGGCAGCAGAAGAGAUUUGCAGACAAGAGGAGCGAGCAAAGACUCAGGAGGAGGAGAGGGUACAAUUAGCAGAAGAAGAGUUGCGCCGGCAAGAGGAAGAGGAGGCGCUUCAGAGAGCCCGUGCGGAGGAAGAGGAGAACGCACGCGUGGAGGAGGAGCGGCAGCGACAGGAGGCGGCUGCAGAGACGCGCAGACAAGAGGAGCGCCGCAAAGUUAG